AUGAUUUGUGCUCACUCAGAGAAUUCCAACGGGCGGCAUGCUACAUUGCUAGUGUCUCAAGGCCAUUGGGGCACAUGUCCCGGGCUGAUACUCAUCUGGUCGCACCUGAAUCUUCUCAUUCGCGACAGUUCUGUGGAUAUGCUAUUCGUUAUCGGACCCGGUCAUGGAGCUCCCGCAGCUUUGGCUUGCCUGUGGCUUGAAGGGUCGCUGCAACGCUUCUAUCCAGACAAAUACCAACUGAAUAAAGAAGGACUGCGCAAUCUCAUCACAAAGUUUUCUGUUCCUGGAGGGUUUCCUAGCCACAUCAACUCAGAGACUCCAGGCUGCAUCCAUGAGGGCGGCGAACUCGGCUAUGCACUCUCAGUCUCUUUUGGUGCCGUGAUGGAUCAUCCGGAUCUAAUAGUUACAUGCGUUGUGGGAGACGGCGAGGCCGAGACUGGCCCUACAGCAGCAGCAUGGCAUGCUAUCAAAUAUCUCGAUCCAGCGGAAUCUGGCGCAGUCAUACCUAUUCUUCACGUCAAUGGCUUCAAAAUCAGCGAGCGUACCAUCUUCGGCUGCAUGGACGACAAAGAGUUGACUCUGCUGUUUUCUGGCUAUGGCUACCAAGUGUGCAUCGUAGAAACAUUGGAUGAUAUCGAUGCCGAGCUGCACUCUGCGCUGUUUUGGGCUUUGGCCGAGAUCAAGAAAAUCCAGGGUGCAGCACGAUCAGGUCAUCCUGUCGGCAAGCCUCGGUGGCCGAUGAUUAUUCUCCGGACUCCAAAGGGAUGGACGGGCCCUCGGGUGGUUGACGGCCAGAUGAUUGAAGGCUCAUUUCAUGCUCAUCAGGUCCCGUUGACAAAAGCCAACGAGUCUGAGGAGCACCUUCACAUUUUGCAGGACUGGUUGAAGAGUUACGAUGUACACAAGGUAUUACCAGAUGGAAAGCCGUCUCACGAUGUUCUGGACAACAUACCACCGGAGGACGACAAGAAACUGGGCCAAGUCAAACUUGCAUAUGAUUGUUAUCUCGGCCUAGAUAUGCCAGACUGGAAGCCACACACAGCCAACAAAUCUGAACAAGCUAGCAGCAUGCAGCAGUCAGGAAAGUUUCUCUACGACGUUGCAAAGAAGAACCCAAAGACCUUUCGCAUAUUCUCGCCUGAUGAGCUGGAGAGCAACAAACUCGGCGCCGUAUUGGACCAAUCCGGUCGAAAUUUCCAGUGGGAUCAAUACUCUCGCGCCUCAGGCGGCCGCGUGAUCGAGAUAUUGUCAGAACAUUGCUGUCAAGGUUUUCUGCAAGGAUACACCUUGACGGGAAGAACUGCCGUUUUCCCCAGCUAUGAGUCGUUUUUGGGGAUAAUUCACACCAUGAUGAUUCAAUACGCCAAGUUCUCAAAGAUAGGCCGCAAGCUGUCGUGGCGAGGCGACCUCAGCUCCAUCAACUACAUCGAAACAAGUACAUGGGCGCGUCAAGAGCACAAUGGCUUUUCCCAUCAGAAUCCGUCAUUUAUCGGCGCGGUGUUGAACUUGAAGGCUGACACAGCCAGAGUUUAUUUGCCUCCUGAUGCGAAUUGCUUUCUUAGCACUCUGGAUCACUGCCUCAGGUCUAAAAACUAUGUCAACUUGAUGAUUGGCUCCAAACAGCCCAUGCCAGUGUACCUCUCUGCUGAAGAUGCAAUCCAGCACUGCAAAAACGGCAUCUCGGUAUGGAGGUUUGCGAGUACGUACAAUGGCGAGGACCCGGACGUGAUCCUCGUCGGAAUUGGCGUCGAAGUGACGUUUGAGGUCAUCAAGGCCGCAGAGCUUUUGUCCAAGCUUGUGCCAGAGCUACGCGUUCGAGUCAUCAACAUUACCGAUUUGCUAGUCUUGCCGGAUGAAUCUCAUCACCCUCACGCUUUAAAUGCAAAGGACUUUGAAGCCAUGUUCACAUUGGACAAGCCCGUGUGUUUCAAUUAUCACAGCUAUGCGACAGAACUGCAGGGGCUUCUCUUUGGACGUCCGGCGUUGCAUCGCAUGACGGUGGAAGGCUACAAGGAAGAAGGCAGUACGACAACGCCGUUUGAUAUGAUGCUGGUUAAUGGCGUUAGCCGCUUCCAUGUUGCUUUGAGAGCUCUUAAAGCUUCGGCUCAGCACAAUGACGGCAUUCGGGACAAGUUGAGAACGUUGCAAGACAAGAUCAACGAGGACAUGACGAGCGUCAAAGAUUAUAUCACAGAACAUGGAAAAGAUCCGGAUGAUGUUUAUGAGCUGAAAUUUAUCAAACACAACACUUAG